AUGUGUUCCAUCGCCGCUGAGAAUGUCUUUGGCCCAACAGUGGCUGCAGACUGUCGAAAUGGAUUCGACUUUACUCUGUUGUUUGAGGAGGGAUUCUUUGUCAUUGCUCCUUGCAGUAUCCUUCUUUUGACUCUGCCGUUGCAGUUAUAUCGAUUAGCGACUCAACGGCCUCAGGGUUCCACCACUGGUCCUGUUCUCUACGUAAAGCUGCUAAGCCAUCUCAUUUCCACGGUCGUCAAAGUCGCGCUCCUCAUUCUUCUUGUCAUUCCCGACCUCCAUGUCCCCAAGACUCGUGCCACGAUCGCCGCCGCGGCGAUAUCUGCAGCGGCCUCUAUCUCAGCGCUUGCCCUGUCAUAUUGGCAGCAUCGUCGGUCGCCGAGGCCGUCAACUGUCUUGACGCUUUUUUUGGGCUCAUGUAUUCCCUUGGAUGCGGUUCGUGCUCGAACAAUUUGGGCAGUGCAAACCAGGACGUUCUUUAUUGUCUUUGUCGUCGGUCUGGGAUGUGAUACCGUCAAGUUCAUCUUGGAAUGCCUGGAGAAGGCAGGGCAUCAGACCCAGGAUCUGAAUCCGCUACCCAGCGAGACCACUGGCAACGUAUUCAAUCGGAGUUUCUUCUGGUGGCUCAAUCCGUUGCUGGUCCACGGCUUCAAGGAGGUCCUGGAGGUCGAGAAACUAACUACUAUCGAUGAACGUGUGACUAAUGAGACAGACGCGGAUGUAUUUGCAAGAAAAUGGGACGCUGUGGUCUUCAAAUCGUCGUCGGCGAUGAUUCUCCUGCUUCUCGUCCACCAUCGGUGGGCUAUUCUCGCCGCGGUCAUCCCUCGUCUCGCGCUGACAGGUUUCACCUUUGCCCAACCUUUCCUGUUGACUAGGAUCAUUAGCUACAUCACUGAACCCAACGGCGCGCUGACUGCUGACUACGGCACCGGUCUCAUCGCCGCCACCGUCCUCAUUUACAUCGGCCUUGCCAUCACACGAGCCAAUAAUCAACACAAGACAUACCGGCUUAUCACCAUGAUACGCAACAGCCUUGUUCCCCUGGUGUACCGGCAGACCCUGCGUCUGGAUGUUGGUUCGGUCCGCGAUUCUGCCGCACUCACCCUCAUGAGCGUCGACAUUGAGCGGAUUAGCUCUGGGCUGCGGUAUGUUCACGAAAUUUGGGGCAGUCCAAUUGACGUCGCUCUUGCACUUUGGCUGUUGCAGCGGCAGCUCGGCGUCGCUGCGGUGGCGCCGGCUGGUAUCUUUGUGGUAUGCAGUGUGUUUGGCCUCGGAGUAGCGAGCACCAUGGGAGCACGUCAGCGUCGUUGGCUCGAAGCCAUUCAAGAGAGAGUUCAAGUGACAUCGGAAAUGCUCAAGAGCAUGAAGGAGAUCAGGCUGAGCGGGUUGCAGGCUCCCAUGGCGUCGAAGCUACAAGGUCUGCGAGCCCAAGAGGUUUCAGAAUCGCGACCCUUCAAGAAGGCGUUGGUAGCUAUUGUGACGUUGUCGUUUACCACUGCUGCCUCCGGUCCCUUAUUGGCGUUCACGAUGUACACUCUUCUAGCCAUCCGAGAUGGAACCCGUGUUCUCGACUACGACAAAGCGUAUACCUCCUUGUCGCUGUUGGCCCUGCUGCAGACUCCGAUGGCGCUUAUUCUCGACGCCUUUGCCGGGGUAGUCACUGCUGUCGGAGCCUUGCAGCGCAUCGGCGAAUAUUUGUCUAAAUCUGCCGCAUGUGCCCCCGAGCAGGAUAAUAAUGCUGGAACGAGGCGGCUGUCAUCCCCGUUGCUGUCCUACCCCUCGUUCGGCGAAACGGAGAAACAGAGGGACACAGUCGUCUAUAUGCGCGAUUUUAGCGCCGGGUGGGACGAGAAGAAACCAUUUGUCAUCAAAGAUCUUAGCAUUGAGAUUCUCUCAUCGAGCAUCAACUUUGUCGUCGGACCUGUGGCGUGUGGCAAGACAACGCUGCUCCAUGCCAUUCUCGGCGAGACCGUCCACACCGAGGGCAUCCUGCAAUUGUCUCCCUCUAGAAUCAGCUUCUGCUCUCAGACGCCGUGGAUUAGCAAUGAUACAAUCCAGCACAAUAUCCUUGGGACGAACCUCUUUGUUCAAGCCUGGUACGACAAGGUGGUAGACGCGUGUGCGUUGCGAGAAGAUAUCCGGAGUUUUCCUCAUAGAGACCAAGAGGUCAUUGGCAAUAGUGGAAUGACGCUGAGUGGAGGUCAAAAGGCACGAUUGGUGAGUGGGAUGGAUAUCCAGAAGCAAAGAAGUAGAGGCUUACUCCACCAGGGAAUUGCGAGGGCUAUAUAUGCCCAGGAGAAGCUCCUCUUGCUUGACGAUGUAUUCAGUGGGUUGGAUGCAAAAACUGAAGAGCGCAUUUUCCACAACUUAUUUGGUGCCAAUGGACUGCUCAAGGAGGGAGAUACAACUGUUAUUUUGGCUACAAAUGCAGAGAUUAUUUCUGACCCGGCAGUCCAUCGGAUCGCCUAUGCGGACAAUAUCAUAGUUCUCGAUAGCAAUGGACGCCUGGCGGAUGAAGGUACCUACAAGGAGGUGAACGCGUCCGCGAGUGAGAUCACGCUCGCACCCACGGCUAGCAUAGGCGUGGAGAAGAAGGAGUCUCCUGAAGAGACAACGUUGGGACCCUCGAGGCCGCCUUCUCUGAUUGAAACUCCUCAAGGAAGCGAACGGCGGACGGGAGACAUGACUGUCUACAAGUACUAUGUCCAAGCUGUCCACCCUUGGAAUGCAGUAAUCUUUGUCAUCGCAUGUGCCAUGUUUGUUAUUGGUCUCAGCUUACCUCAAUUCGUGGUGAAAUGGUGGCUUCAAACCAGCGAUGAGUAUACGAUCAGCCACCGGGGCCAGUAUUUGGGUAUCUACGCUGCACUGGCUGGCCUGUCCAUUGUCUCACUUGCUAUCGGCGCUUGGCAACUGACUGAGCGAAUGCUUGCCCGAGCCUCGACCCAUUUUCACAACACUCUCCUAAGCACCGUUCUGAAUGCCCCCCUGCGGCUGUUCUCAACGACUGAUGUUGGGACCAUCAUCAACCGCUUUGCGCAGGAUCUGCAAUUGGCGGAUAUGGAACUACCGCUGGCGCUGUUCAACACCACUGUCGAGCUGUUGCUGUGUGUGGCCCAGCUCGUCAUCAUCGCCGUGGCUUCGAAGUACAUCGGCAUCGCUCUGCCGGCCCUCCUGGGUGUCUUCUACCUUGUACAGAAGUUCUACCUCCGGACCGCCCGCCAGCUGCGCCUUCUUGACAUCGAAGCCAAAGCCCCCCUGUUCUCCCGCUUCCUCGAGGUGUUGUCCGGACUGGUGACCAUCCGCGCCUUCGGAUGGCAGGACGAGUUCGAGCGCCGCAACCGCCAGGCCUUUGAUAUCUCUCAGAAACCCUUUUACCUGCUGUUCUGUGUCCAGCGCUGGCUCAACCUCGUCCUGGAUCUGGUGGUAGCAGCCAUCGCCGUGAUCGUCGUGGCCAUCGCCGUGCGCACAAAGGGCAGCGUUGACGCGGGAUUCCUCGGCAUUGCGCUGGUCAAUAUCGUGCAGUUCAGCAUCAGUAUCAAGACAUUGCUGUCCAACUGGACGCAGCUGGAGAUAUCCAUCGGUGCAGUGGCGCGUAUUCGCUCCUUUGCCAAAGAUACCACCUCUGAGGAGGAGGGCCAUUUGCAGGAUGACGCGCUCCCAAGCGUUCCGCCGUCCUGGCCUGAAAAGGGUCAUAUCGAGUUUCGAAAUGUGACGGCCACAUAUGACGGCUCUACGCAGAUGGUGAUUAAGAAUUUGAAUCUCACUAUCCAACACGGCGAGAAAAUAGCUCUGUGUGGGAGGAGUGGAGGCGGAAAAUCGUCCCUGGUUUCAGCUCUAUUCCGCCUCCUGCAUGUCUCCCAGGGCACAAUCACUGUUGACGGAAUCGACAUCAGUACCAUCCCCCGCGAAACCUUAUAUACCCGCCUUGUCUGCGUCACACAGUCGCCGCACCUCCUAUCGGGCACAAUCCGAGAAAACAUCGACCCAUUCGGCACUGCCUCUGACCCAGCCAUCGAGCACGUCCUGAAGGAAGUCAAACUCUGGGACAGUGUGGAAUCACUGGGUGGCAUCGGCGUCUCCCUGACUGAUGAUCACUUCAGUGUGGGGCAGAAGCAGCUGUUGUGCCUGGCACGGGCCAUGGUUCGGGCCGGCUCGAUCCUCAUUCUCGACGAGGUGACUGCCAGCGUCGACUGGGAGACCGAUCAGCUGGUGCAGAAGAUCAUCCGUGAGCAUUUUGCAGAGAGGACAAUCAUCACCAUUGCGCAUCGGAUCACCACCAUCCUGGAUGCGGACCGGGUGGCUGUCAUCUCGGAGGGGGAGGUUAUUGAGUUGGCGCCGCCCAGCGAGUUGCUGGCGCGGGACCCUCCCAGUCUGUUUCGGGGGUUAUACAAUGCCAGCACUAUGAAUCUGGCCGCUAUUUAG